AUGUCCGCGCUCCCCGCCGGUGCCGACAUCAAGAGGGCUCUGGAGAACAGCCCCGAGACCAACAUCGAGGAUGAGCUGCCCGAGGAGCCGCCGCAGGCGCGGCCCACGGGCUACCUGCUCCUCAGCAUCUUCUCCUGCUUCUGUCCCGCCUAUCCUGUCAACAUCGUCGCCUUCGUCUUUGCUGUUAUGGCUUUAAACAGUUAUAAUGAUGGUGAUAUAGAAGGGUCAAAAAGACUGGGUCGCAAUGCGCUCUGGGUUGCUGUUGCAUCAAUUAUCAUCGGCCUUGUCGUCAUCGGAAUCUUUUGCCUAGUUCAUUUCACAACG